UGGUCUGUGCCCAUUUUCUAAACCCUACUUUUUGAAAAUGUCUCUAGCUGACGAAUUACUGGCUGAUUUGGAAGACAAUGAUCAUGAAGAUGAGGGCUCUGAAGAGACUAUGGAAUGUGAAGAAACGAUUGAAGCUAAAGAAGAGAAGCCUGAUUUGAAGCAGUUAACAAUGGAUAUAGAUACGGCACAAAUCAAUUCAGUUCGGGAAUUAUGUAAACUGAGAGAUUCUGAUCGUUUAAAACUUAUAAUAAAACAAGUUGAAAGCUAUUCCACUCAGCAUCGAAAACCAAUAGAUAUUGUGGGCCCUGUGGAAGCAGACCCAGAAUAUCAGCUAAUAGUUGAAGCCAAUGAUAUGGCACAGGAUAUUGACAACGAAAUUUUAACGGUACACAAAUUUGUUCGAGAUAAAUAUCAAAAACGAUUUCCCGAGUUGGAAUCCUUAGUUGUGAGUCCACUAGAAUAUGUGAGAACUGUGAAAGAGUUGGGCAAUGAUUUAGAUCAAGCAAAAAACAAUGAAGUAUUGCAGCAAUUUCUUACUCAGGCCACUAUUAUGGUUGUAUCAGUGACAGCAUCCACAACACAGGGGACGCUGUUGACAAAGUUUGAAAAAGAACAGAUAAAUGAGGCUUGUGAUAUGGCAAUGGAAUUAAACAACUUCAAGUUAAGAAUCUUUGAAUAUGUAGAAAGCAGAAUGACAUUCAUAGCUCCAAACAUAUCGAUAAUUCUUGGAGCAUCAAUUGCUGCAAAAAUAAUGGGUGUUGCAGGAGGACUGACUAGAUUAUCUAAAAUCCCGGCCUGCAAUGUUCAACUGUUAGGGCAGCAAAAGAAAACCUUGGCAGGUUUUAGCCAGGUUACAAUGUUGCCUCACACAGGAUUCGUUUAUUACUCCGAAAUAGUUCAAAACACGCCACCGGAUCUAAGAAGAAAAGCAGCCAGAUUGGUAGCAACCAAAUGCACUUUAGCCGCUAGAGUAGAUGCCUGCCACGAAAGUACGGACGGCAGGAUUGGACGAAUGUUACGAGAUGAAAUCGAACGCAAGUUAGAUAAGUUACAAGAGCCGCCUCCAGUUAAAUUCGUAAAACCACUACCAAAACCAAUAGAUCAGUCAAAAAAGAAGAGGGGUGGAAAAAGAGUAAGGAAGAUGAAAGAAAGAUAUGCUCUGACUGAAUUCAGAAAGCACGCCAAUAGAAUGAAUUUUGCUGAAAUUGAAGAUGAUGCAUACCAAGAAGAUUUAGGUUAUACCAGGGGCACAAUAGGCAAAGCAGGAACAGGCAGAAUAAGACUGCCUCAAGUGGAUGAAAAAACUAAAGUAAGGAUUUCGAAAACAUUACAGAAGAAUCUGCAAAAGCAACAAAUUUGGGGCGGAAGUACCACUGUUAAAAAGCAAAUCUCAGGUACCGCUUCCAGUGUGGCGUUCACCCCGCUUCAGGGAUUGGAGAUUGUUAACCCGCAAGCGGCAGAAGUUAACGCGAAUGAGGCUGAUGCCAAGUACUUUUCAAACACUUCUGGUUUCUUAAAGUUAGACAAGAAGUAAAUUUUUUUUGUGUUCAAGAACAAAAAACAACUUUUUUUUAAUACCCAUAUGCUGAUGAUGGUAAUAAGAUAUAUACUAAUUACACGAUUCACCAUUCCUUUUUCCUAUUUUUAAAUGGUAUAAAGAAUAAAGGCAAUGGUAAGGGAAAAGACAGCCUAUUAGGGAGCCGUUGAUAUUACCACCUAAUGAUAGAAACUUUGGCGUUUAUUUUGGAUCUUUGAAUAUAUAAUUAGCAAUUAAACAAAUUUCCAAAAUGUUCUGUAAAUAAAAUACUAAUGGAA